AUGGCAGAUACACAAACACCAUCUGAACAGACACCGCUCAUUGAGCCAACUUCAAAGGAUGAAUCUCCUGCAAACUUGAGUGCGGCGAGGGGCUUGCUAAUUGCCGUUCUGAUGGCAUUUUUAAUAUUCAUCCAAGCAACCAACAUCUCGAUGAUGACAACCGCCCAAUCGCAAAUCGCUGCGGACUUAGAUGCCUUCGCCGAGGCCACCUGGUUUACCUCAGCAUUUAUGAUUGCGGCCUCGAGCGUGACUCCGCUAGCUGGACGAUUUUCUGCGAUCUUCACUCCACGCUAUUGUUUGGUCGUAUCAAGCAUGAUUUUGUCCCUUGGACUUUUCAUAACCGCUGCCGCUCCAUCACUGGCGAUCUUCCUAUUGGGACGCGCUGUUACAGGACUGGGAAGUGGUGGAUUGAUGAGUAUCUCGGUAAUCCUGGUUCUAGCUUUCAGCAGUGCAAAAAGACGAGGACUAUUUAUUGGGCUUAUCAGCACAAACUACACCGUUGGACUGUCUUCAGGUGCUGUUCUAGCUGGUCUUUUAACACCGAUUAUGGGAUGGCGACUCAUAUUUUGGAUCCAAGCUCCAAUUGCACUUGUCAUGGGACCUUUACUUUUCCUAGCCAUCCCCCCGCCAUCUGAUGAUAAUAACUCACUGGUGAAACGAAAUUCACUACGCAGCCUCGCUCGCAUAGAUUAUGCCGGCGCCCUAACACUAACAAUUUCCGUUGUCCUCUUGCUUACUACUUUGGCUUCCCCCGAGGUUCUCAUCUGGCCCAUUCCGCUAUCAUUGCUAUUUUUCGCUAUUUUUCUCCUUGUUGAGUCUCGAUGGACCCAAGAGCCAAUUAUACCUGUCCACUUAUUUCUCGACCGCGGGGUUCUGCUAUCAUGUCUCUCUGGCGUUGCCUUGAUGAUGGCUCGCUGGUGUGUUCUCUUCUUUACGCCCGUCUACGCAAUUGCGGUUCGAGGAUGGGCUCCCGCAUCUGCAGGGCUCAUUCUCGUCCCCACAAAUGCGGGGUUCGGAGCUGGUGGAAUACUUGUAGGCUGGCUUCAUAUCCGCAAAGGCGGUAGCUACUACGCAUCCUGUCUGAUCCUCUAUGUCCUCUUUUCACUCGCCACGGUGGCCCUCUCGGUUCUAUCUACAGACCACUCCUCACCAGUGCUGUAUAUGACAGCGACCUUCUUCAAUGGACUGUUUGCUGGCGCACUAAUGAACUACACUCUAUCUCAUCUACUACACCUCACCAGUCCUCACAUGCACUAUAUCGUCAGUGCGUUGUUCACCACAUUCCGCGGGCUCGCAGGUAGCUUUGGGUCCGCCGCCGGAGGAGGAUUCUUCACCCGAAUGCUCAAGGCUACCUUAAUAAGAGGCUUUGAGCAGCAUGGACUUCCCCCGAAACCCGAUCUAGUUCGUACUCUUCUUGGUAGUCCGGCCACCGUCAGCCAUUUGGAAGGCCUUGAGCGAUUGAUCGCUGUUCAGAGCUAUGAGCAUGCAUUCCGGAUGCUAUUUUUGGCAGCCACUGUCAUCGCGCUGGUAGCGACAGUUCUACAGGCAGGGGCAGGACGGAAGGCUGGAAGCGAGGAUAAGACUAAUGAAUGGGAGGAACGCCUCCUCAUCGAGUGUGACCCCUCGAUCAAAUCCAUGAUCCUGAGGUACGACGAGGAACGACACGACUACAUUGUAGAAGAUUUGGACGAUGAGAACCACCUGGUCAUCAAAGAGAGUCAGCUGGAAAAUCUAAAGGCCCGUCUGGAUCACGACCUCGAUGAGAAGAUUUUGCAACUCGACGAAUCCGACUCCGAGUAA